GCCCCCGUCGCCAUAGCAUGCUCGUUCAACCGAGAGAAGAACAAGGGUAGAGAGAGGAAUUAGGAGAGGGAGAUGGUGUCCAGAGAGCAGAAGAGAGGAGUUUUGCACGAGAAGCUGCAGAUCCUCCGCAGCGUUACUCAUUCUCAUGCGGGAGAUAACAUGUCGAUAAUUGCUGACGCAUCAUCGUACAUCAAAGACCUGAAACAGAAAAUCGCAAAGCUGAACCAAGAGAUUGCAUCCGCACAGCACGCCAAUGUUUGCCAACCAUUGGUGAGUGUUGAAAUCCUAGAGAACGGUUUCCUCAUCAAUGUGUUCAUGGACAAGUGUAGCCCAGGACUACUUGCUUCGAUUCUUGAGGCAUUUGACGAGAUUGGGCUCAGCGUGCUUGAAGCUAGGGCUACCUGCGCUGGAUCAUUCCGUCUUCAAGCUGUAGGAGAGGAAGAAGGUGAGGAUCUAAUCGAUGCACAUGCCGUGGAGCAAGCAGUGGUUCAAGCAAUCAAGAACUGUCAUUCAAACUGAUCAACCUGCUAGAACUGUCCGAUCGAGUUUAAUUUCAUGCUGUUGGAGUUUAGUGCUAGGAGCACAAGAUUUUCCGUCUAAACUCCAUGCUAUACCUAUAGCUAUUUAUUUCCAUCCUCCUUUGAAGAGAGCAAAGUAUAUUCUCUUCCUGCAAGUGUCAAUAAUCUUGCAUGUUAUGCUAGUUAGGGGUAUCUUAUGGUAAUGUCAUUAUGUCAAUAUAUAUAUUGUUGCUACAUCAAAUCAUCAGCUUGCAUAUCUAAGUUAUACAGUUUAAAAGAA